AUGACCACUUCGGAAGACGGACUGCAAUAUUAUUCCAAGAUAGAGACUAUCGGUAAAGGAAGUUUCGGCUUGGUUUUCAAAGCAGUUGACAUUCGAACCGGGAAGCUUGUUGCUUUGAAAUGUCUCUGUUUCGACAGAACUUCCGACGGACUUGAACCUAAUGUUUUACGUGAAAUAUCAGUUAUGAGAGAAUUGGAUCAUCCAAACAUUGUACGGCUUGAAGAAGUAAUUUUCGAUGAAACGAAUGUACAUUUAGCUUUCGAAUACUUGUAUAUCGACUUAUGGAAAUAUUUGGAUCAGCUACCUGAGAAUAUCUUCAUGGAACGAUGGCUCCAGAAAUCAUUUCAAUAUCAAAUCCUUCAAGGAAUGUGCUACUGUCAUCAACGAGCCAUUUUGCAUCGUGAUAUGAAACCAUCAAAUCUCUUACUUAAUACUUAUGGCGCUAUCAAAAUAGCUGAUUUUGGUUUAGCGAGGGAGUUUACUAUACCAACACGUGCUUAUACAAGUCAAGUAGUAACGCAGGCGUAUAGAGCACCCGAAAUACUUCUUGGAACACUUCGAUACACUACAGCAGUUGAUAUGUGGAGUAUUGGAUGCAUAUUUGCUCAAAUGGCCACAAAAGAUGUUCUCUUCCCUGGAUCAUCACCAACAGGCCAGCUAAGAGAAAUAUUUUCACGAUUGAAAACGCCCACAGAAGAAAUUUGGAAAGGAGUAUCUGAACUACCAUAUUAUUCGGCUAUCGUAUUCCCUCGUUAUGAAUACGAUCAUCUUGAUAAUUUGCUUAGGGCUUAUGUGGAUCCCAUCGGUAUCGCCAUAAUUCGGCUCUUACUUACAUAUGAUCCAGCCAAGCGUGCAUCAGCCAAAGAACUUCUUAAACACCCCUAUUAUUCUGACGUGGAUCGUUCAAAGUUGCCAGCGUAUAACUACGAUGGGACAAUACGAAUGCCACCUAGACCGUGGCUUGAACAUUUAACUGCAGACGAAUAA